GAAGAAACUCAAAGACACGAUUAUUUUUUCUUCCUUAUUUUUCACACUUUUUUUGAGAACACGUUGCUAGUGAUUUGGUUAACUCCUUUGCCAAGGAAUUCACUGUGUGUGUGAGAGAGAGAGAGAGAGGGAGGUGGCGAUGGUGUCGUACAAGAGCUUGUUGAUCUACGGCGUCGGCGGAAUAGCGGUGGCCGGAAUGGCAUUGUUGGUAGCCUUUCAGGAAAAGUUAGUUUACGUACCCGUCUUGCCUGGUCUCACCAAGUCCUAUCCAAUCACCCCGGAUCGUCUCCGCCUCAUUUUCGAAGACGUAUGGCUUACUUCCUCCGAUGGUGUCCGCCUUCAUUCAUGGUUCAUCAAGUUCUCUCCCAAUUCCACAGGCCCAACUAUUCUGUUCUUCCAAGAAAACGCUGGUAACAUUGCACAUCGUCUUGAAAUGGUGCGCAUUAUGUUACAAAACCUUCACUGCAAUGUUUUCAUGCUUUCUUACAGAGGGUAUGGUGCUAGUGAUGGUUAUCCUUCUCAAGAAGGAAUCACCAUGGAUGCACAGGCUGCUUUAGAUCACCUGAGUCAAAGAACAGACAUAGACACUACUCAAAUAGUAGUAUUUGGAAGGUCUCUUGGUGGGGCAGUUGGUGCUGUGGUCACCAAAAAUAAUCCAGAUAAGGUGGCUGCAUUGAUAUUGGAGAACACUUUUACUUCAAUUCUAGACAUGGCUGGAGUUUUAUUACCUUUUCUGAAGUAUUUCAUUGGAGGAAGCUCAAGCAAUUCUAAAACCCCAAAAAUUCUGAAUUUUGUUGUCAGGUCUCCUUGGAACACUAUAGAUGUAAUUGGACAGAUAAAACAGCCGAUUUUGUUUCUUUCUGGGCUACAAGAUGAGAUGAUUCCUCCAUCUCACAUGGAGAUGUUAUAUGCAAAAGCAGCAUUGCAUAACAAAAGAUGCAUUUUUGUGGAUUUCCCUAAUGGCAAACAUAUGGACACGUGGCUGGCUGGUGGUGAUGAGUAUUGGGAAGCUGUUCAGACAUUUUUACAGGAAAAUGUGUUGGAGAAUGGAAAUGUGGUCAAAAGCUCUUUGUGAUCUGCCAUGCCUUCUUCCUGCACAAAUAUGAAAAUACAUUGGGAUUUUUUGGGCUCAUGAAAAGGGUCCAGAUCUUUUCUUUUUUUUUUUUUUUGUAGAAUUGCAAAUAUUAUAUGAUUUUUAAGAAAAUAGAAAGUGGUGUAGAUUGCAGCUUUAUACAGAUGCAUAUAGAGUUUUACCGUAUCAAGUCUUUAACCACCAGUAGAAUCGAAUCAUUAGAAACCGGCUACAGUGGCUAUUGUCAGUCAAAAUGAUGUUUGUGUUUAAACAGUUAAACUUACUUUAAGGAUAAAUAAAUAAUUUUUUUCAUCUAA